UUGAACUGAGGAUCCGAAGCUGUUUGGAUUUUGCUGAAGAGAACUUAGUAACGUGUCUUCGCUUUGUGUGUGUGUUUUUUUUGGUGUGGUGACAGCAGGUGUCGGAAUGACCUUUGAGAAUUGUGUGAGGACCAACUCCCUCUUCACACCUGUGGCCAGAAAACGGAUCGGCGCAAAGAAUCUCAUUGAGUGACCGGCAUCUUGGGAUGAAUGGACAUCUACCUGUGAAGCUCGGUAUCUAGAUUAACACCGUCACAAGGUAGCAUAACCCAGCAUCUUUUGAAGAGCAUUGAGUCAGCGAGAGAUUUGACUGAAUUAUCCGCAAUCAUGUCAGGAGCAACAGACACAAUCCCGCAAGAGGUAACCACAGAGCAAGAAGUUCCAGCCUGGAAGUCUCGUCUCUUCAGCUGGAAAGUGGCGGGCGCUGUCCUGGCCUUCCUGGUGGUCCUCGGCUGGGUUUUCAUCAUCGUGGUUCUCAUCCUCGAGGAGAAGUGGCAGCUGGUGCUGGUGGCGUGGCUGCUGCUCUACUCGGCCGCCCACUUCUGCUACUGGUAUUGCAAGCGCCACAGCCUUAUCACGCUGCACAGACAGAUCCGGUUGCGUGUGCUGACGCACAUGAGAAGCGGAGAGUCUGGCGCCAAGAGCGAGGACCGCCCCCCGACGUACGACGAGGUCAUGAAGACAGAGGCGCCGCCGCCCGCGUAUUUCACGGUUGUCACAGAGACGAUGAAGCCGCAGUCCUCUGCCUCGUCCUCCGCCGCCCCCACCUACAUAUGGACGGCAGACAGCAAGCAGACGAUGGGCGACUCCCGGGCGAGCGUCAUGGAGUACUGCGAGCAGCCUCCGGAGUACAACAGCCCCAAGCACUCCAUGUCUUCCUCGAUCGCGCCGGCCGUGCACGGGGAGCCCCUCGCCUUCACCACGGCGGCGGCCAUCUCGGCUGCGGCGGCAGCAGUGUCCCCUUUCCGCAACGCGAUGGCCGCAGAGCCGGUCGAAGACCCCAUCAGAGGGCCGAUCGUGAGGCACCUGCGGGCGGCGACGCUGGCGACGCUGGAGGUCUCGUCCAACGAGGAGGUCACGACGGAAGCGUCGGCCGCGACGGCCAGCGCGCCCGGAGCAAGUAGUGACUCUGGCGAGGGAUUCGCCGAACUCCACGGGCCAUCUUUGAGGCAGUGUACUGACUGAAUACUGUAUAUGUUAAUAUACAUAUACGAAUACAUGCCAAAUACAUAAUUUAUAUCGGGUGAUAUCUAAUGUACAAAUCUACGUUACGUUUAUGUAUAAAGAUGUGCCUUAUGAAAUGAAUCCAAGACUCGCUCAGUGACAUACUUGUUACCACUUUCUGAUAUAUAUAUAUAUUUCUAUUUUUAUAUUAUUGCAUCUUUUUUCUAUGCGAUUAGGUUGUAAGAAUGGCCAUUGUUACAAUAAAAUUCAAUAAUUA